AUGCCAACUGCCAUGAAAUGUCCCCCCCAACCACCAGAAGAAACGAGCCAAUAGAGUAAAGGCCAAGAAGGUAGUAAAGUGACUUUAUUUGCUGCCAUACAAUCCAGACUCCCAGAACACACUGAGGUGUUACUGUCAGAGGUGAACAUGUAUGCAACAAUUUCUAUAGAGUUGCCACAAAUAACUUCUGACAAUUUUGAAGAUGCACUCGCAUCUGAUGACGUUCUGUCACAUUUCUUCAACGACUUCUUAAACACACUGUGCUUUUCAGAGACUCUACUUUUUAACCAGAACACUGGGGUCUUUGAAGUGGCCAGUGAAGAGGCAGAGUUAAUCGCCAGAAAAAUCAGAUCUGUCCUCCAGGAGACGAAGUCACAGCUCAGCAUGGGUGACCCCUCACUGCUGACCAUUACCCCUGUGGAUAACCGCUACCCUGUCUCUUGUCUGGACAAAGAACAAGGGCUGGAGUGGAUCAUGAGUGAAAGGUUGCCAUUCUUCCUCCAGAGUGACUGUUACUUUGAGUACAGACUUGCCAAAUUAUUGUGUCGGUGGGAGUCGAGCUUUGGUGUCCAGAGAAGGAAGAGAGGCUCAAGCAGGAGGUCACAGUCAGCCCCACAGUUGGGCAUGUCCUCUGAGUUUGUCGGUCAAAGUCAUGAUGCACCAGAUCCUCUGAAGAGAUCACAUUCUCUGGAGAACAUUUCAUCUAUACAAGGUGUGAUGACAAAGCAUGACUUUCCAUGUCUUUCUGAUAAGAAAAAAUCCAGUGAUACAAAAAACAGGGUGACAUUCGCCGACUUUCCUGAGCCAGAGAAAAUGACAAGCUUUUCCUCUCGGCCCUCAUCGUGCCCUUCCUUCUUUUACGAUGAACAAGAUAAAACCCAGGAAGUCGGCAGCUCACAGGAGAAUUGGAACUUCUGCCUUACAGAGCCUGUAGUAGGUAGCUCGGAGAUGGACUUCUUCCAACAGCCCAUCACAGACAGCUCGGAGAUGGACUUCUUCCAACAGCCCAUCACAGANNNCCCAUCACAGACAGCUCGGAUGGACUUCUUCCAACAGCCCAUCACAGACAGCUCGGGGAUGGACUUCUUCCAACAGUCCAUCACAGGCGGCUCAGAGAUGGAUUUUCUUAAUCAAACUAUCACAGGCGGUUUGGAGAUGGAUUUUCUUAAUCAGACUAUCACAGGCGGUUUGGAGAUGGAUUUUCUCACACAGUCCAGCAGCCAGUACUGUGAGCCCUCUGAACCACAGCUGGAGUUUGCACCUGCCAGUUUAGUUAAACAAUUGAGCACAAUGGAUGAUGUGUGCCAGGGAAACAUAUUUGGCUGUUUCAACAUACCAGGCGAGCAGACAAACUUUACCACUAAAGAAAAAUUGUGUGAAUUCAAAGGUCUUGGAGAGGAGCAGGAGUCACAGUUGGCUGAGAAGAAAACAGAUGAGAGAACCUGGAAUAUAGACCUGGGAAACGUCUGUGACAUUUGUCAUCCUGGUACAUGUUACCAGGAAAAUAAACCAGGUUUAGACGAGUUUAAAGAGUUUUUGCAAGGAACCACAGGAGAAAAAUUACUUAGUCUGUGGAUGGAUAUAGAAAAACUGAAAUCACUACAGGACACCGAACGAAAGAACAGAUUUUUGGUCCUGAUUAGGAGCAGAUACCUACUCAGCAGCAGUCACAGCAGCCUUAACCCCGAGCUGCUCUCUACACUUGGGCUAAAGACUUCCCCCUGCUGGACAGAGGAGAAAUUACGUUCAGUUCAACCCUGCCUCACAAAGGACCUGCUUCACUAUUGGGCUCCACGAUUCUGGACUUCUGAAGCAGCUGAAGAAGAUCAUGAAGAUCAACAUAACAGGCUGUGGACAGAAUUGUGGAGUGCGCCUUCAUUGGUCAGACAACCACGCUGUGACAGUUCCACUGUGCCUCACAUUUCAGACACCUCCUUGACCCAACCCUCCAUUCCUGCCCUUUUAGAAGAGGACAUGGCACAGGAAAAUGAAAGCAUGGAAAAGAUGUCGCAUGCUUUGUUUGUGGAGUCACGCACCGGAUCCUAUUUCACACACUUUUGUGUGCAGUCCGGAAACCAGCUGUGGGUGAAUGCAGUUUACUUCUGGACUGACCUGCAGCACUAUCAUGAGCUCUUCUACCAAGAUGGUCUGGAUCCGUACAGAGUGCAGAGGGUGGCCCAGCUCCUCUUCACCACAUAUUUGUACACCUAUGCUGGGAGAAGCAUCGGCGUGGAUGAAGAAGUCAGAAGGAAGGUGCAGGAACAACUGAAGCCAGCCUUUGAAGAGCUGUUUGACAAAGCUGAGGAGCACACCCUGAACAUCCUACUGGAGCCGUGGGUGCUCUUGGUCAGCAAUGACCAGGAGUCUUUUCAGAAGGUGCAGUUAUAUGAGGAGACGCAUGAGGUGAUUGGUGAGGAGUACAGGGAGCUGCAGACUGCUCUGGAGGAAUCAGAGCGCCGAUUGAGAGAGGCUCUCUCCCUGCCCUCUGUGGGUCCUGUAUCUUUAAAAGACCCCCAUUUGUCUGAGUCCUGGUCUAGAGUACCUCAACGGUACCAAGGUUACAGUCUUGAUGCUUUACUUCGUCACCGCCAUGAGCCUGGAUAUUUCAUGGUUUUCCUCCAGGAGCAUGACGCCAGUAUUCACAUGGAAUGCUUUGGAGAUUUGGAACAGUACAGGAGAAGUCGUGAAGAUGCGCUUGUCAAGAAAGAAAGGUCUGUCCAGAUUGCAACCAAAUACCUCAACAGGAUGUACUUCUUUGGUCCCAACAGCCCCGCCACAGUGCAACAACAGGAUGAGGUCUUUGACCUGACUGGUGGACCAGACAAACUGAAGUUUGAGAGUCUCACAGUUGAGGCCGCAGAAAUGGUUCAGGAAAUCGUCAAGAAUUACAUUGAGAAAGUAUGGCUGCCCCAGUUCUUGUCCUCACCAGAGUUUAUAGCAAGACACAAACAACCUGAGUACCAGCCUUCAGGAAGACGCCCAGUGCGCCGUCGUAGACGCAAAACUAAAAGAAAAGUCUUUAAGCCUGACGUUCUGUGGAUGAGUUCCUCCAGAGAGAUCCUGGAGUUCCGGCAGCUCUUACUCAACCCUGUCACAUGUACACAGUUCCAGCACUUUGUCUCCCUGAAGGAAGGCUUCCUGGAGAAUGACCUGCUCUUCUGGCUGGAGGUCCAGCGGUACAAGGACCUCUGUCAUUCCCACUGCUCUGAUACAGUCAUUGAGCAGAAGAUCACCACCAUCAUUGACUGUUUCAUUGACUCAUCAAUGCCACCUGAGCUGAGGAUAGACAUCACUCCUGAACAGGCCCAGAACAUCCGAGAGAAGCGUCAUGAGAUUGGACCUUACAUCUUUAGAGAAGCACAGCUGUCAGUGUUCAGUGAACUGCUAAAGUUCUGGCCCAAAUUUCAAGAGCUGAGCAAAAGUGUCAAGAAGAGUCACCUCCUUCCUCUGCUGCAGCAGAAACGAGUCAAACACAGAGCCAGAGUGCGACGUGAAAGAAGGAGAGAUGAGGAGGUGGAACAGGAAGUAGAAGACGACGAGAGGCGAAGGAAGGCCCUGCAAGAGUGGGACGCACAAGAGUCUGACAACUCUGACAGUGACAUGGACGACUCUGAAGAACAAGAUGGAAAAAAAAGAGACUGGACAUGGCAGACAGCGCUGCUGUCUCCAACACAACCGAUGUCUUGGUCCUACUCCAAGUACAUGGCCACUCUGAAGAAACAGGAGCUGCAGCUGAAUAAAAAUAAGAAGGCCAACAAGAAGGCUCUGCUCGAGACCUCCAUCUCCACUGUCUCAGACGACUCGUCUUUCACCAGCUUCAGGACAGUAGAGAGUGCCGUCAGUCGUAAACGGUCACAGCGCUCACCCAAACUGAACAACAAGCCAGGAAACACGGGCAGCAGGAAGUGAACGAAUGCUGUUAGUACCAUGGACCUAAACCUUGCCUUGGUUAAAGCUGUUUGUUUACUUCUGGAGGAAAAGCACUUUGUGACAAAUCAACAAGUCAAGGCCAACUGAACCAAGUGAGACUGGAUGAGAUUCUUAUCCAG